CAGUAGGAUACGAACCGUGAAAGAGAAAACAUAUCUUAGCGCUCCGUGUACAGAACAUGUAAACAGUAGUACAGUUCGCCAGUACACGAGGAACUAUGUACGGAAGAAAGUUUGGUGAAUUAUUCGACGAUGAUUAUGUAUGGGAGGGGGCCCUGUUAUAGCUGCAGUAUUGCUAGUGAUGGAGAUUCAGUACCUAGUUCUCCCCUCUCCUUAGAUAUGCAGGAUGAUAUGGAGAGUGAGUGUUUCCCUUGUAUACCUUUAAACCGGGCUAAUCAGCAGGCAGGAGGAAGAAAGGAACCUGAUCAGGAUGUUUUUAUUAAAAGUGAACCCUCCUCUCCUCCUCCAUCCUUUUCCAGACCCUAUAUAUCCUCCAUCUCUACAACCCUCUCCACCUCUCCAACCUUCUCCUCCAUUAUUAAACUGGAGCCGGAGUCUGGAUUUCAGAUAAAACAGGAGAAUGGGUCGAAUUUAUCUAAACCUAAUCAACUAUCUCUUCUUAAACCUACUCCAAUUACAACAAGGAUACUGUGUCCGAAGGUAUCCAUUAAGCUUGAAGAUCCCUCUAGCAGCAGUUUAAACAGCUGUAAUAUAGCAGUCAGCAACAGCAAUAGCAGCAACAGUGGGAGCAGUAUGCUGGUCAGCAGACAGAGAAUACUACCUGCUCUUCGUCACACCAUCUCAUCUCCUCUCAUUUCUACACAGCUCAAGGGUAGUUCUGGAGUACUUUACCUGACCGAGGAGGAGAAGCGAACCCUAAUCUCGGAAGGAUAUCCUAUCCCUACAAAGCUUCCAUUGUCCAAGGCAGAGGAGCGAUCUCUCAAGAAAAUAAGAAGAAAAAUAAAAAAUAAGAUUUCCGCACAAGAAAGCCGACGGAAGAAGAAAGAAUACAUGGAUAGCUUAGAGCGGAAGUAUGAUAUAAUGCAAAGUGAAGCCAACUCCUGGAAAAGCAAGGCAGAAGCGCUUCAAGCUCAGAAUGCCGCGCUCGCGAAACAAGUUUCUGAACUUCAACAAAAACUUAACAUGGCGACUAAAACCGGUUCUGAAAUAUCCUUUAUUCUUCCUGAAUCUAUUGAUCUAGAAGAAAACAUACUCCAAGGAAAAAAUCGAGUUUCUGAAUUUCAAGAGUUGACAGCUAACUGUUUAGAUAUCGACGUCGAUUAAUUGAUC